GUUGUUCAAAAAAAAAAACUUCCAAUUCAACUUAUAAAUAAAAAUUCUGGUCAAAAUUGCGCUUCCCCAUAUCCCACUCCCAAAACGGCCGAGGUUCUCUCAGUUCAAACAUCAAACACCUAAUAGGCGCUAAAAUGGAGAAACCACAUUCCUCUUCUUCCUCUUCAUCACAGUAUUUGCUAGAAACCCUAACGACCAGAGGCUGGUGUUUCCGCGAUGUCAAUGAAGUAAAUUCACUCAUUGCAGGUCAAUCGUCGUCGUCGUCAUACACCGUUGAUUCAAUUGAAUCGGAGCUCGUAAACAUGGACUUGCGAUCCAUCGGUGGGAAAUCUUUGCCCGACUUUUCUACUCUCCGUAAAUCCUCUCAUCUCCCAGGCCCUAAAGUCCUUCAAAUAUCUUCUGUCCGAGAUAUAUCCCGAAGUAAAAUGGCUGAGAGCUCUGGAAAUUCUAACAAUCGGCGUCUACUUAGAUUAAAGCUCAGUGAUGGGCACUCUGAAAUAACUGCUGUAGAGUACUCUCAUAUACCUUCAAUUCCUGAUGAUGUUGUUCCUGGCACUAAGGUGCGCUUGGAAAACAAAGCUAUAGUGCACAGUGGUAUUGUGUGUUUGAAUGCCAAAACAAUUACUGUUUUAGGAGGUAGUGUUAGUUCACUUUACGAGGAAUGGCAGAUGAACAAGAAAUAUUCAGGUUUCUCCCGUUCAACCUUGAAACAAGCACAUGAGGAUGGAACUGCUGGUCCACCACCAUUUGAAAAGUUGCAGAUUGGAGCUUUGCAUAAACACCUUUCUCAGCAGAAGAUAUAUUCUGAAAAAGCUCAAAGUUCUAUAAUGCAUAGACACCAGAACCGUGACUUAAGGAGAGAGAGUGUGGGUAAUGAACUGAAGCCAGCUGUUCAGAUUGAAAGGAAUGAAGAAAAGCCAAGCACCUCCGAAUCAAGGCCAAAGGAAGUGGUUGAAGCAGUCCCUGUCCAAAACCAAGCAGCUGCACAAAAACUACUGCAGAAAAUGAGUCAGCCUCCUCGUGGUGGUCAUCGUUCAAGAGGGCAAAGAUUCAGGGGAAGGGGAAGAGAGGACGAGACAGAGGUCCUUACCCUAGAUGAAUGGGAAAGGAGAAAAACUGGUGCUAAUCUUUCUGCAACGCAUGAUUUUCCUGAUGUAAGCCAAGAUGAAGAACUUGCAAGGCAGCUGCAACAGCAAUUAGAUUUGGAAGAUAUUCACGAACAACAAGAUGGUACAACGACGGAGGCAGAGAAUAUUAGAAUGAGCAUGUUCACAUUUGAAAGAGAUGAUGCUAGAGAUUAUGGUACAACAGGUUUUAGAGGAAGAGGUAGGGGAAGAGGAAGGGGAAGGGGAAGGGGAAGAGGUAGGGGAAGGAGAGGUUGACUUUUGUCUACUAUUCAUUCUUUCUCACCUUCUCUUUUUCUAAGUUAGAUUUGUAGUUUUUUGAUAUCACAUACCAUUUCUUUUUCUGGUGAAUGCUGUUGAACCAAUGUAAUGGACAAAGUAUUCUAUCUUUUUAAGUUUGCCAUCUUGAAGAAACUUUCUUUAAUCUUUA